AUGGCCAGCACAAUCCUACCGUCUGCAGAGCUUAAGAGCCUAUCAGCCGCUUGCAACAAGCUCUGGGAGUUAGAUACCAACCGGCUCGAGCCCAAUGUACAUUAUGAGCUAAAUCUGCAAGAGGGGAAAAGUGCUUAUGCUCGUGGCGAUGUUGCGCAUGAGAUGCUUUUUACAUACGUGGAUCCGUCCAUUUUUGAGCGCCAAACAUUUAAAUUGCUGUUUGACCUGCUAGACAACUACGAACGCGAGACAGGAAAAUCAGAGCGGGUGACACCUAAAGAAUUAGCGGAAAACAAUGCGUUUUUGAAUGCCGUGAUCGAUACUGCACCUAUGCGUUAUGCACACGCAUGGUUGGUGAAGAAUAGGAAAUUCACGGGGGAUAUGAAGGAUUUUAAGAAAAAGUUAGAGCUCAUUUGGUUUGGAUUGUACCGCCGAAAAACACGCAACGACUCAUCAGGUUUCGAGCAUGUAUUUGUGGGCGAGGAAAAAAUUGGUAAAAUCUGUGGCUGUCACAACUGGCUUCAGGUAUAUAACGAAGAGCGGAGAGGUCGCAUUGAUUACAGAGGGUACAUCCGUCCCAAGCAACGAGGAUGUAAGUUCUUAGAACCACACAACAAAGAACAGCUCAUCACAUUCCAGUUCCAGUGGGACAAUAAAAUCAAGCUAGUGUCCACGAGUUUGAUUGGAGUGAGUCCAGAAUUCGAGAUGGCACUGUAUACAAUAUGCUUUCUUAAUGGCGAAGAGAACAACCACGUUCAGCUAGGACCUUACCUAGUCAACAUUAAAUGUUUCGCGUUCGGUUGCGGCAAGGACACCAAGGUCGGUACAGCCUUUCCAGAAGCGCUACCUCUCACUGAAGCGCAAGCUGCCAUUAAGAUACAAGCCAUUCUACGUGGCUAUCAUACGCGUUUUCAUCAUCCGCAGAUUCGUCGUCAAGCUCGGCCACCCCCUCCUGGUGCAGCGUGGGGUCCACCACCCGGAGUGGCAGCAAUCGCAGCACCACAGCCUGCAUUGGCGAUUGAAAACGCUUGGUCGAAGCCCCUUAAGCCCCAAGCUUCUCCUCCACCACCUGUUGCAACGGCCACAGGUGUUUGGGCCCAGCCGCACAAAUGGUAG